ACCUCCAACACAUCCUCCAGGUGUGGGACAACAAGCAGUGAGGAUUCUCAAGCAAGGGUUCUCUGGAAAGAUGCAACCUCAAGUAACACAUUCCUAUCUCGGGCUGAGCUGACGCCCUCCCCCAGCAGUGCCCCUGACUUGCUUUCAUCAUUCAGAACACCAGGGGUCCCAAGGCAAGGGCGCAGCCCCGGUCACCAGCGUCCUCGCUUCUCCACUCUGGGCGCCCACACGCCUGCCGGGGCCCACCUGGUCCUCGACCUGAAGGCCUCCGGGUGCCCGGCCAUGGACUUCGCCAGCGGCCUACGGGAGCGGCUGCGGCAGUUCUGGGCCAACCACUUCUCGCAGCGCUUCUCGCCGCGGCGCCCGCCGCUGCGCCGCGUCUCCUCCAUGUCCACCUUCUACCUGCUGGACCACCGCACGCGCCACGCGGAGCUGGGGCUCAGCUACGGCGCGCCGCGCACGCGCCUCGGCGACCGGGCCUUCGUGUUCCGCGGCGGCCGCUGGGCACCCGAGGGCCUGCCAGGGCGGUCGAGGCCGUCGCUGCCCUCGCCGACCUCCUCGGGCUGGAAGGCGCAGAUGCAGCACAGCAGCCAGGUGCUGCUGGAGGAGAACAACUACCUGCGGCUGCAGCAGGAGGUGCUCAUGGACAUGCUCACCGAGACCACCGCGCGCAUGCACCUGCUGGAGCUGGCGGACGAGGCCCACCCGCCCGCCGCGCGCCCGGCCGAGGACGCGGCGCAGGCGCGAGGGGGCGGGCGGCGUCCUCACGCCCGGGUCCUGGUGACGCAAUAA